AUGCCAGUAUCAAUACAGAUAACAAUUACGAUUACUACUGAUAUCGGUCUUAUUAAGUUAAGACAUAAGAUAUCACUCUAUGACCCGCUUGUGGACAACACGUUUCUGUUGGUUAAUCAGGCUAUUUGUCUACCGGAGCUCAAUAGUAUUAAUACAAAAGACCAACUGAUUAUAUAUGCCGGUUUCGGUGUCAUUGAUAAUAAUAAUACUUUACCUAAUUGGUUGCAAAUUGGUUGGAACAAAAUAUUGACAAUUACUCGCAACUAUAUUGUUGCCAAACCCUAUCCUCCCGGUUCCGGUUCGGGCAUAUGCUGGGGUGACUCAGGUGGUCCAUUGUAUCAGUAUGUCAAUGGAAAGGCCAUUUUAAUAGGCAUUGGUAAGGGUGGCAAUGGUGGGUGCUCUAACAAUCAAAUCAAUAUGUUCUUUGUAAAAGUUACUUUAUAUAUUGACUGGAUUAUUGAAACUGUUCAAAAUAAUAAUUAA